AAGGCGGAUGCGCCAUGGCCCGUUUGUGCAGCCCGUUCUGUCAGCCCCUUGCCGAGUUUUCGUGAACGAAAUCUGCCACCCAAAGAAAAACAAAAAAGGAUUACCAGAGCCGGCGUAUGCGACAUCGCACCGAACCGGUGGAAAAGCAGCAGCAGUCAGGCUGUGAGCGAGGUGUGCCCCAUGUGCCUCUGGCGGCAUUGCCGGGGAGCUGAAGCGCGGGCAUCGUUGGCCGGCAUGCGUGGACGCCCCCCUCGGGCUGCUCUCCACAGCACCGGCCAAUAAGCCAUGAGUAGUGGGAACCUGACCGAAGCGGAGCUUCUGGAGCGGGCUGCAGAGGAGCGGGCGGCCAUAGUUGCACGCUACGACCGUGGCCGAGAAAAGGAAAAUGUCGCCCAAAUCGACCCCUGGGAGGAUCCAAAGUUUGAGCUGUACCACGUCACUGACAAGUACGGCUUCAUCCACAAUGAGCGGCUGCCUGAGAAGUACACGGUUCACGAGGCAAAGGUUCGUGACCAGGAGAAUGUGCGUCUCAACAAGUGGCGCAAGAUGCUCGAGAGUUGGGACAAGUACUACCCGAACGAGAAGUUGCGGCGAAGAGUCUUUAAGGGUAUACCCAACGCAGUUCGAGCUGAAGUCUGGCUUCGGCUACUCGACGUGGCUCGCAUCAAGGCUGAGCAGGAGGGCAAGUAUUUGGAGAUGCGAGAGCGUGCACGCAUGUGGUCCCCAGACAUCCGACAGAUUGACUUGGAUGUCAACAGGACGUACCGAAACCACAUCAUGUUUCGGGAGCGCUACAGCGUCAAGCAACAAGCCCUAUUCCACGUCUUAGCAGCAUACUCUGUGUACAACACAGAGGUUGGCUAUUGCCAGGGGAUGAGCCAGAUUGCUGCCCUUCUGCUCAUGUACAUGAAUGAAGAGGAUGCCUUUUGGGCCAUAUCUGUGCUUAUGACAGAUGAGAGGCAUGCCAUGCAUGGCUUCUUCAUUCAGGGUUUCCCGAAGCUUCGCCGCUUCCAGGAGCACCACGACCGGGUGCUGGGCCGUCUGCUACCCAAGCUGAAGCGCCACCUGGACCGCUACGAGAUGCACACCUCGCUGUACACACUGAAGUGGUUCUUCCAGUGCUUCCUGGACCGGGUGCCCUUCACGCUGACCCUGCGCCUCUGGGAUGCCUACAUCCUGGAUGGGGAGCCUGUGCUGACUGCCAUGUCGUACACCCUGCUGCGCCUGCAUCGCAAGACCCUUCUGCGCAUGGGCAUGGAGGAAAUGAUCGACUUUCUCCAGGCCCGGCUGGAGCAGGACUUCGGUUUCCAUGACGACGCAGCCAUGGAGGCCCUGCAAGACGCCAUGGAAGAGCUGCGACGGCAGGGGCUGGCGGUGCCCCCAGGCAAGGCGCCCCCCUCGGAGCUGCCCCAGCGGCCAUUUGGCCUGGAGCUGCCCCCGUCCGCGUACCUCCCACACCGGGGAGCUGCCUCGCCUCGUAUCCGUAACUCCAAAAGUCGCACGCUGACCAAUGGCAGCCGUGCAUCAACGCCUUCUGGCCGAGCCACACCGGCAGCUGCGGAGAACGACGACGUGGUGUCGGAAGGGUGUCCCGCUACCCCAAUCGGAGGCACCAGCAGCCUACUGCGCAAAGGGGCAUCCCCACUGGGCCGACGGGGUGGCGACAUGAGCGAGGACGGUGCGAGCUCGGUAGUGGACCCACUGAGCUCGCGCAACUCGCUGGCCGAGACGUCGCAGACGUCCGCAGCCGACCUUUCCAGCUUCUCCAGCCCGUCGGCAACGCUGCGGAGGACCCCGUCGCUUUACGACAAUGUCGACUACCAGGAGAGCCUGGAGGCAGCUGCCGCAGUGGCGGCUCAGACUCCUGUUGCAUCUCCGCCUGUGACCGGGGUCGCCUCGGCCAGGGGCGCCGCCCUGAGCCACCAGCAGGCUGGCCAGGGUUCGCCAGAGGCCAGUGGGGAGGCGGUGCGCAUCUAUGUGCCCUACCACGGGGCGGAGGAUGCGGAUGCUGUCGCAGACAAGGACUCGUCCAGUGUAGCGGCAGCAGUGGCCAACGGCGACGUCACGCCCACCAACCAGGACCCCAACAAGAUCACCAUCCACGUUGACCUCCACCACUACUGUACGUCAACGACACCCACGGCAGGACCAACCGAUGUGCACUGUGACAGCGGCGACACCACAACCCUGCAGCACACAGGCAAUUCGACCUUUCACCAGGUCGCCACCACUGAUCUCUAAUGGCAACAUGGUUGCACUAAAACAGGUCAGAUGAUGGUUUGGUGCCUACAUGGAAUGUGCCCACGCAAAUGGACUUGAGGGCCGUCAAUCAAAGGAGUGAGUAGGCUAAAUGGAUUGACAGAAGUAUCGGUCGUCUUGGGACAAAGGCGCACGAUGGAGUGCUGCCGAUUGUUCCAUCCUUUGUGAAACUGCUCCUCUGGCUGCCUCCCCAGGGAAAAAAUAUUCUCCCAUCACAAACGUGCCGUGGUUGCAACGUGCAAGCCACAAAUGGCAACUUUGUGUUAAUCUGUGAACGUCAUCCUUUGUGGUUGCAGACAGUAUGCUCAAAGCCAGUGGUGUUUGCACACGCUUUGUGUUACACACAAAAUGCCACCUAAUUGAUGAACGUUGGUUGUAUGUGACAGUGGUUGCUAAACAGGUGGGUUAGCUUGCACUCAAAUUAUGUGUAUAAGUGACAUUUUGAACAUUCAAAUCUGUUACCGCAUUUGCAUCCGUCAGCAUGUUUUGAACUUGCUCAUUUUAGCUUGAAUAAAUAGAAAAUAGCAGCAGCAACGACAUCUCAUAAAAUCCAAUUUUUGUGAAAUGUGACUGACAGUUUUAACUCGAUGAUAUGAAGCAUCUUGUCCCGUACUGCGUAAACUGUUUGGCGCUUUCCAGGUAUUCGGAAAAAAUUUUUAUUUAGUAUUAGAGCGAGAAGUAAUCACCUGAUAUUUAACUGAAUACUACUAAUACACAAUGUUUGUGUGGGAAGGACUCAACUUUACCUGAUGGCUUUUCUGGUUACUCAACUUUUGGCACAAUCGUGGAAGCAGCUAAUUUGUUUAUGCAGAGAAGCAUUCUUCGAGGACAUGUGCCACUUAUUGGCAAAGCCAUGCAGGCUAGACAAGUAUGUACUUAACAACUUAAGUCUGUUGCUAGAUCUCUCGUUAGUUUCCUGGGGACCUUUGUAGUGUGUGCACCAACCAGCAGCUAAGUCGUUGGUUAGAAAAUAUCUCGUUACUUCUUGGCUUACGUGUGGACAUAGCUGAACCGGCACUUAAUUAUUGGUUUGGUAGGUUUUACACAGGUUACCUUACAGCUUGCCCUGUGGUCACUUGGGCUGUCCACUCUGUCAUCUCUGUGUUUGGGCUUUGUACUCACAGAAAGGCAAAAUUCAGGCCGAAACGUAAAGCAGGGACAAUCGUCUGUUGUGAAGAGUUGUGCAACAUUUACACAUUGCUUGCAAGCAUGACUGUGUAUGCAUGGCCUUUGGUCACUUUUUAUUUCUUGCAUAGAAAGUGAGCAUCACAUCUCUCUCCCACAUUUUGAACCUAAUUGUUUGUUGCUGUGUUGAUUAUAAACCUCAAUAUUGAUCACGUGAGGCCUGAAUUUGUUGCUCUUCUCGCAAGCAACCAGUGAAAUGCAUUACUGUUGCCACAUUACUGUGCAUGCAUUAAACGGUCUAAGUGCACUCGUGCUUCUUUUAUUUGUGGAUGUUUUUCAAAUGGCGAGAGUACUCUGAGCUCUACAUCUCCGCAUAGUCUACUCACAGCCUACUCGACUUGCUUGGAUGUAGAGCCUUUUGAGAACAAUUGUUGCGUGAGAUUGCAUGACUUUUUGAGGGUCCUUUGCUUUAUUUUGUCCUAAUUUCGCUGCUCCUAGAAAAAUCCAGUGCCAAAUUAGCCUUUCUGGGAAAUGCAUGCAAGUGUGUGCCUUUUUUUUUCUUUUUUGAUCCACUAACUUAUGUAGGCAUCUGUGGCUGUGUUAUAGGAAUUGUUGCUUGUGAAAGCUGUAUAACUCUCUUUUGUUGUAGUGUAAUCUGUAAUGAAGAGUUUCUCAAUGUUAUAACGGACAGUGCCCGAGUGGGCUUAAUAUUGUGAACUCAAUAGCAGGCCAAGCUUUACGUGGUAAACAGCGUGCAAUUGUUUUGUGCUGUCUUAUAAAAUAGCAUAGGAGCCAACUAGCAUAAUCUAUCUUGCUAAGUAUGCAAGUACUGCCCUAACAUCAUAUUCUCUGAGGUUCAUUUUCCACACUUGCGGCAAGCAUAUGCUGUGAAGAACUUUUCCAGUUUUGUAGGAGUGAAGCUCCUGACUCUGCUGUCGCCCUGAUUGCCGUUGAAGCUCCCCACUGCAUGACCACUCCACCCCAACGUUUCUAGAACCAGGUCAGUUUAGCAGCUCCCCAUAUACGCUUGAUCUAUGAAGGGGAAUAGUAUGGCUGAUACAAGAACUAGGGACUCUGUAGUUCCAUCUUGCAUUGUGUCUCGUGCAUUCACGAAUCACACACCAAGUACAGAGAAACGGGCAACGCGUCGCAAGCAGCUACUCCUCCCUCGUCUCUGCUCGCUGCGGCAUGUGUGUCGCCUCCGCGUUUACACAUCAGGUGCGUGUGUCAAUACACAUGUGGAGCUGCGAAACUGUACUGGUUGUAAAGACGUCCAACCUUAUUGCCUUCAUGAAGGCCAGCGGUGAGAUCAGGUGCAUAGUCAUUCGCAUGCCAUUUCUAAAGAGCUCUGCUCAUCAAAUGUAUUUGUACACGGAACAACGGCAGGUUUUUAAUUUUUUCGCCCAGACAAUUUCAAAGCUAAUAGGCAAAUAAGAAUGGUUGCACAGCCAUGCAUGUGUCCUAAGCUUAAGGCCCAGGUAUUAGAAUGGGUUAGUUGCUACAAAAUGAAUAAAAACCAAUGAGAAAUGCAAGACACAGUGAGAAAAUGACAGAAUAGGCUGAAUCCUAUAUUUAUUCAAAAAGUGUACUGCAAAGGCACCUGCCGGCAGCCACCUCGCGAAUGCUUGAACCACACAUCACAGUGCAUAACAUAGCAUCUUGAUUAUGCUCGCCUUUCUAGCAAACAGGUGCAAUGAGAUGUCAGGGAUGCAGUUGUUUUUUCAUUGAUUUACGUACAACGCUUCCAGUAUUUUUUUCUCUGUGUUUUCGCCCUCCCACAGGAGAAUAUCAUAGUGUUGUCAAAUCAGGCCUGUCUGUCUGUUUGCUAAAAGACUUGGCUGAACCUUUUUAACGAACGCUUUAUUAGUGUGCAAUUUAGAAAUGUAGAUGUUCAGUUGUUAUUUAAAGAGCUAUUCUUUGGCACGAUCAACCUUCUAAUAUAUUUUAGAAACAUGAACCAUUGGAGUGAUGUUUUGUUUGAAGAGUUAAAACUUGAUGAAACUGCAUUGAUGAACAUUGAUGACAGGUAGUAAAAAUGAGAAAUAUGCUCAAGUGCUUUGCUUUGUUUCUUAAUAUCUUUCAAGUUUCCUCCAAACAUUUUCGAUGGUGUGUGGUUCUUGAAUAUCCCUUAGUGUUCUUAAAUAUUCAUAAUUAGACGAUUCGUCAGCAAUGCUAAUGUGACGACCUUCGCUGGUCCAGAGCACAGCAUGGCCAGUUUCAUUGCCAAAAUAUUUCAUGUUGACCAUUGCAAAUCUGUGCUUACGAUGUUUUUCUGUGAGCUAACUUAUUCCACCAUAUGACCCCUACUACUAAGGACUUCUUGUCCAAGGUCUUUAAGGCACAGUUCUAUGCUGAUAUAUACCAUGCCUCGUGGAACUGCACAGAAUAUAAGCAGGGCAGGUUUGGUACAGUGCUGAAAUCGGGCAAUGCAAGGCACAGCAGAGGUUUGUUUUAGAGCUGUAAAAUGCGGGGGCUUAGCAGAUAAUAUAUCCAACGUAUCUUGUUAGAAAAAGCAAUGUUUUCAACUGAAUCUUUUGCAGUGCCACUCAAAUGGAGGUGUUAAAUGUGCUAAUGUGAUAACAUGAUUCUGUAGGUUGCUGUCUACUUCUGCGCAAAGCAACCCAAGGUGGUCAAAAUUUCCGGAGCCCUCCACUACGGCGUCUCUCAUAAUCAUAUGGUGGUUUUGGGACGUUGAACCCCACAAAUCAAUCAAUGCUGUCUACUUCAAUUGAUUUUUGGCAUUUAUGUCAUGGCCAUAGUACUUCCCUCUUUUAUUUGUGAUAGAUUGAAUGCACGAAUACAGGUUCAAAUCCUUCCUUUUCAGUGGUGUUCUUUUUUUCAGUACUUGUGGCACAUUUCAUUGAAGAUGGAAAUUGCUAGAGAGGAUCAUUUAACAUGGUGAGCAGCUCCUAGAAAAGGCUAAGAAAGGCAGAGCUGAAAGAUUUGAUCUAGCGGCUAAACCACCAAGCAAAUUAUGUUUCCAACUAGCCAUGGUUCCUGUAUUACUCUAUUGCCAGUAAGCACAGAAGAGAGGAUAGGUUCUAAAUCAAAACUGGCAGUUUUUGAUAGCCUUUACAUGAGGAAAGGCAGUAUUCCAUCUUGUGUACGGCUUUGGUAAGUAAAGGUAGAAAGUGCAUAACCAGGAAAAACACGUUUUACAACGUAACGAAAUAUCAGUGCACUUUCAGAGAUGUGCUUUUUAAAAACACUGUUGCUGUGAUGAGAGAGUGUGAGAAUGUGAGUUGAGGGAAAACCUGGCUAUUCUUGGCUAGUCAAUGCCCACUUUUCUUUUCAUCGCAUGCCAUACGUGUUGUCUUUAUUUCCAUGUUUACUUUCAUGCGAAAUAAAAAUCUUAGAGGCUUGUGCGUAUAAUGAAUUUUAGAUUGAGAGUGAAUUCGAUGAAAAUAGUGAUUUUGGUUGAAUCAUUUGAAAUCGAAUUCGAAUAGUGUAUAUGUGUAUCAUGACCUAACUAGCUUGCACAAAAUUUUUCAAAAUCGAAAUAGGGUAUCUGUGCAAAUGCCAUUUUCUUUCAUUUGAAGGAAGUCUAAACAACUUUAAGUAGCCAUAACAUUUGGCUUUCGGUACACUGCAAGUGAUAUCCUGUAAAAUAUAACAUUUUAAAAUUUACUAAGAGCAUAUAAGUUGGCGUAACAAGCUUUUUAACUUGAAGAAUUUAUGAACCAAUUGAGGGUAUUAUGUUCAUUCAAAGGGGCACCGCAAUACUUUUACAAGUAGCCAUGAAAUGGAUUCACUAAAGGAGCUUAUUGUCGCGUGAGUUCACCCCUGCAAAGAUUUUUAGAGUCUGUCCGGCACGAGCGGAGUAAGAAAAAAAUUUGUCACACGCUGCGAUUGCAUUUUCUCUUUUCUUGUCCUGAUGAAAGCGCUCAAAGCUAAGCAGAGAGGGAUGGCAUGAGGAAAGAAAGUCACAGGCGCCUCGUGAUCUUGAGCACUUUCUUUUUUUUUCUUCGAAUACGCGGCUUUUCACUGCGAUAAUGCACUAAUGCAAGGGCAAGUCAAAGCCUCCCUCAGCCGCCCCAGUAACAAUCGAGGGCGCAAUGCUCAAAUCAGCCAAUGGCUGGUAGAAUGGUAGUGAUGAGCGAUUCUUAAGCUUUUAGAUUCGUUUGUAGAGAAAGCAAGCUGACCUUGAGAGUUCAUUGUGCUGCGUGCUGCGCUUCAAUAAUUGUCUAGCGUGUUCUCGGUAGCCUCGCGGAAGCGUUUUUCUGCCCAUGCUCUAACAGUGUUGUAAGCCCCUUUGAAGUAGAACUUCACGGCAGUGCGUAUUUUUUCUGUGUAGAAGCUUUCACGGCUAGCACUAGUACACUGCAGUGAAACUCCCUUUUCAGGGAGUUACAUGCGGACUAAUAUACAUCUAUUCGUUCAUAGCGAAUACUUUGAAAUUUUCAAUAAUUUCAAUUAGAAUCGAAGCGAAUUCGAAUACUCUACUUUAGUUUGAAUAUUCAAAGCAUUCGAGUAUUCGCACAAGCCGAAGAUAUCUUGGUGCAGUAAGUAGUGCAUGAACAAUAGUAACAACUUUCGAAGUUUGGCUUUUCAGUUGUUGAUUGCUUUUCGGAAACAGCACAAGAGUGUGAUGAAGGCACGUAACACCUUGCGGUGUUAUCCCACUGUAUCUGAAGCAGUAUAACUCAAAACUAGCCAAUUUAGUUAUGUUGGUGGCACAGAUACAGUCUGAGCUCUGUACAAGUGAAUCCUGCUUCUGAGAACAGGCACUUUUGUGAUGACUGCCAGGUUUCUCUAGUCGGUUACUCUUUGUGCAUCUAGUAUCACCGAGCCCCUCCAAUAAAAGCGACAUAUCCUAAUGUGUAAAGAGAGACAGGAGUGAGCAAUGUCCGUUGCAUUUUUAGUAUGUACUUAAUAUAGAGUCCACCUUGAGGAACCGAUAAUGGUUGUAGUCUGCCAGAUGUUGGCCCAUCGUCAGCUGCUGAAUACAGUGCAUGACCUGUCGGUCAACUGCUGCGCAUGCUCUGCAGCUUCCAAUGUGUGCAUUCAUGUGUGACUGUUGCAUUGGUAGCAUGUAUUGGCACGGUUCCAUGAAUAGCAGCUUUUUUGUAGCUACCAGCCUAAGGUUGAUAGUAUCAUCCUAUUUUGAGCUGUGCUGAAGAUAUAAGAAUAUAAGAACGCUUUUUUUUUUUCAAUGCCAUAAUUGAUUGCUGAUUUGUGCAAGAAAGAGGUGUGGAAAUGGUUCUUGCACAGCACAUUCUCUGACAUUUUUUUUUUAAGCAAGGAAGAGAAAUUACAGCCGAUAAAACUCAGUUUGCAGGCAUUUGUUUUGCAAGAUUGUGGGAUCUUUUCAGUCUAAUUUCAGUACCUGUGUUUCAAGUAGGGUCACAUAAUAGCCAUUUCUUGAAAAUUUAUUAGCCAAUUCAUCGGAUUGGCUUUGACAUUAUGAAAUGUUUGUGCUCAGUAUUUAUGCUUUCACGUCAUUGCAUGCAUGACAAUCAUGUAGGAAUUUGUUUAUUUGAAAAGUGUGCUCUUCACAUGAGAGAGAAAGAUGUUUAGUUUACCACAGAUCACUACAGCGCACAAGAAGUUUUGAGAUGAACCACUUUAGUGAAGUGAUGGCUGGGUGCUUCAUGCUGUUUGAUCAUUGCGUAAAGCAUGUCACUUUUGGUGCACAACCUGCUGACUGCUUUUGUUUUGUCAGGGUCGCAUACUGUAAGCCUUUGGUGAUUGAACUAGAAACUAUUGGCUUGGCUGCAAUGAAAAAGGGGCGCCAUCUGUCAUGUUAGCACAAAACAUGUCUUGCCAUAACUGUUAAAGAUGGUGCCAAAGUUUCAUUACCCCAGAUUUUUCAACUGCUGCAAUUAGUAAACUGUGCAUACUUAUCACUUAUACGAAACAUGCCAGUACUGUGAAAUUCGAGAGCAAAGUCAUUGUUGGCACAGCGCGAAGAGCUGUGCACGCUUUCAACUUAUUUGGUCAGGCAAGCAUACUUGACCAGCCCACUUGUCAUGACCAACAAACGAAGCAAUAAGAGCGAGUUGAAGGUACCAUGCAAUACAGAGACUGCAGCUUUUUUGUGGAUAUAACUUGUAGGAAAUGUUUGCGUGAAAAGCUUCCCAAACAGAGAUUUUAUUCCACUUUGAUUCCCGUUUUUCUGUGCUCCAUCAGUCACUUGUCCUGCCUCGAGUUCAAGCCUGACAAUUCUUCAUUAUGCCAAUAAGGCCACAUGUUGCUUUGCAAAUGUUGCAUAGCAAUUUCACGAUAUAUAUCAGUGCUGCUGUGUAUGUGAUGACCGUAUGACAUGAAGGCCUCUGUAGUGCUCAGGGUUCUUGAAAGGCUCGCAUGUGCUAAGCCUUCUUGCAAUGAGCUCACACUUUUCUCGGAGUCCAAAGAAAGCUCUGCAAGGAUAGGCGACAGUUGCUGGUGUGUCGUCUGUUGUUAACAAAAACGAGGCAUUCACGAAAGAGUGCAUGCUGCUUUAGUGCAUACUAUUUUGAUUUGACAUACACCCUGGGUGGGAGUGCCUGGAAAGAAAAACUGCGCAUGUAUUGGCUCGCUUUGUGCGAUUUCCAGCAGCUGGAAUGUCAUUUAUUGUGCAGUCUGCACACCUUUGCAAUAGCUUCAACUCGCAUACCUCAGCAUGCAUCGAAUGCCACUUUGUCAGCCUUGUUGCACGAAGGCAACGAUCCAGCUAUAAGCAAGUGUUUAAGUACUAACCAUACUUGCAAUGUUUGAGUGUUCAACUAUUGUACUGUUGCAAGCUCAUUAAACUCUGCUGUCUUUUACUAGAAUAAGCAGUCAACUUGAACAGAGACAUAGUGUCUACUACUUUUUUCGCUGCUUUUGCUUGUCACACACAGUUUGUGGAGGCUCCGUACUGGCAAAGUUUUCAUAAAAUAGUUCAGUCAGUUACCUGUUCUUUUAUUAUGUCCCAGAAAAAGCUAAAAUGAAAUCUUCAGAAAUAGAACACUGCAUUGCAAAUUGUAUCUCUUCUUGUUUUUCCCUUCACCACCCCUUGGUUUUGGCACUAUUAUUGCGAUAGAUCAUUACACACAAUAGUGACCAACCACGUUUUCUUGGAUGGAAACGCUUAUUGCAGUAAAAUACUAUUUUCUUUACAGUGAAUCCGGCACAAGUAUUAUCAUAUUGUAGGAAAUAUGGCCAAGUUCAAUGCAUGCUCGGUAAUAUAUCAGCGAUGUGACCGAAAUUUGUUCGGAUACGAUAGGCAGUGCAUGGAAAGGCACUUUUCAGCAUGUCGAUGAUUGGGACAGUCACUGGUUGAGACUCUCGGGAGAAGCGAACGGGGUGAUCAUGACAUAGCUGCAUUUUGUAGUGCUUGCGUAUUAUUCUUUGCUUUAAGUUGUUUUUUUUUUUUUUUUGAAGUCUGAAUUGACUUUACUCGCAACAGUUUAAUAUGAACAAUGAUGUCUGAGACCAGAGAAGCAGAGCACUACUACGCAUAUUGUUAAGUUAUGGAUAUAUUCCUGAUAUUUAUUGAAUAUGUAGUGUCUAUUCUACAGAUGGCUUGUACCAGCGAAAUUAAAAAUUUAGGAUUAAUCUAUCUUGUAUGCAUUGUGUAUCAAAAGUCCAGGUUUUUUGAGCUUGAUUAGAAUGCAGAUUUGUUAUUCAGUGUUACAUUAUAACAGGUCAAUCUCUGAUCGGUUGUCAUAAAUAUUGAAGCAAACUUUGACAAAACAUAUUCUUUAGCUACUUGCUGGGGAUGGAAGGGGAUGUUUUGCCAAGAUAUAAGUCAUAAGCACUCUCUGGAUUCGUCGUGAGCAUUCGGAAGUGUGGGUUAGAUCGAGGCCCAUAAAAGUUUUGUAUUAGCCAGAACUACACUUGUUUGAUCUGACCUUCCACUCAUCGUUUGUGGUAACCUCGAUGACUGAACUUGAAAGUUUGUGAGCCUGUGUCCCCUAAAAUUGUACAAGGACAAUCCAUUUAGGUGGGCUGCCUCUGCAUGUAUGUCUGUGUUGUUUUGGUGCAGUUUUUGUGUAUUUAUUAUUCUCUCUGUGGCUUGUUUGUAUUUGCGUGAAGGGUGCACUCACUCAUUUGCUUCCGCCUCCUGCCCCACCGCAGACAAGUGGGACACACCUCUCACAAGCACAACAACAAAAGUGGAGCUUGCACACUCAAGCUAAGUGUGCAAGCACUGAUAUAUUACAAAGCAGUGAGAGCAUAUAUGAGGAACACAUUUUGCUUUGGCUUGUUAGGGCUUAACUUUGUCAAAGGGGACAAAAUUUGAGUCAAAUUCUGUUUUCAUGAAUUUGUUUUCAAUUGUUGCAUGGAAGCAACAAGAUGGGUUGGUCAGCAACCCCUGUGCUUUGACUUCCUCUGCCUAAAUGCUACAGUACUUCCAGUAACAUCACCUUUACAGUGCACAUGUUUUUCUUAAGCGUCAGUGUAUAUAUAUAUAUAUAUACAUACAUACAUAAUUAUAUACAUAUAUAUAUUCUAGAUAUGCAUAUGUGUCAUAGCACUUGAGCAUUCUUACUCACAGUUUAGCGUGACUUACUCAAAAGACUAUGGCCAUGCAAUACUUGUUUCCCGAGCCCACCCUAAAUCUUGUCACAAGCAAGUAACAAACCCUGCGCAUUGAGAGUAGGAAGCACAAAUGGUGCAGUGAUGACUGAACAGGCUCUUCAUUGGUCUCAGAUAAGCUGUUGCUGCGUUCCUUUGCCUUGGGAAAGACUUGCUGCUUGUGGCUGGUACAUCAACAAUAAUUGCCGAUUCAGGGAGGGGGGUAGACAACACAAUUUCCAAGAGUUCAUGCUUUAUCACCUGUGUUCUAGUGUGGUAUUUGUGCACCAGAUUGAUUGCUUGUCAAUAUACCACCAUGCCCAAAUGAAAUGUGCAAACUGUACUUUUAACAUUUGCAAGUGCAUGGUGAGAUUCAUUCAUUCGUUCAAUCAAUUUUGGGACUUGACCACAUCUGACAUCCAGUGAUGUUUUGCAUUAAGCAGUUAAGCAUAGUAACAGCUGUUCAACUAACUUGCUAUUUAAUGAUUACAUAAAUGCUAAAGCAUUUGGCCCUAAAAAUAUGGCAAUCUUUAAAUUGUGAGCAUUCGUUGCUUGCUGUCUCUGGUGUGGAGCAGCAUGCCUCUAAAAUGCUGCUUUUAAUUUCACUAGCACGCUACUUUCUGGAAAGGCAACAAGGUUCCCUCGUGCCCUUCCUUUGGUCACAAUAGUCGGAGCUGCCCACAGGACUUAACAGCCAUGAAUUUUCAUGCAGCAGUGUGUUAUGUGUACAACUGAAGCAAUACCUCGUGGCUCAGCAAGCCUCACCUCGUGACUGCUUGCUGCCUCGCCAAUGGCAACAGGUGGAGAACUGUUGGUGUUGAUAUACUUGCGGACAAUGCACAACAACAUGGGACAGAUGAAAGCACAGUGCUAACUUGUUUCGCUUAAAGAAAUCACGUCUGUUGCUCUCCUUAUCAUCUUUGCUUUCAUUGAUGCAUUGUGCAUUUGCAUGUACCAGCUGACCCAGCAUUUUGCUCUGAACAAAAAGAAAGAAAUAGUAGAUGUAGUGUUACAUUGUCUAAAAUUACAAAAAUGCCUAAGAAUCCGGCAUUGUAAGCACGUCACGCCUCAGUUGCAAGCAUUUGUUACUGUUUCUGGGGCGGGGUAACAUGCUUCGAAAGUGACACUAUUGUCCAUAUGUUUUGGAUGGAAUCACAUUGCUACAUGUGUGUACAAACAAGGGGGUUGCAGGAUAUCUGUGCAUCAUUUGUUCAUUCCUUUUGUCCGUCCCAUUCCAUUAACAUGUAUGCACACAGUAGUGAUGCCUGGCAGGGCUUGCAUUGCACUGUUCAAUCUGGUAUCGCCUCAUGUUUGCGAGGUGUGUGUUCAACCUUGCAUUGUGCUGUUGCAAGUAGUCAGUGGCUGUCUUCAGAGCGGUGCUUUCAGCUGUGUCUUCUGUGUCUGCUCAGCCAGCUUUAGCUCUUCAUUGAGUUCUUGCCUCUGACUUGUGCCUGUGGGCUGUGUGCGUGAAAACCAGCGUAACAUAAUGACCCUGUGUAUAACGCCUCCACCUUGAUUUGUACAUACGGGGGUUGAUCAAUGCUAACUAAGCUACAUGAGAUUUGUAAAGGGUUGGGGCCUCUUUUGUGCCACUUUUAAUGUGUCUGUGCACAUUCCGACAAUGCUGGUUCAAGGCUAGAUAAUUGCAGUCUGAUACGAUACCAGUGUUUUCAACCCUACUGCCAUUCGUGAUGGACCACUGGAUGUCAGAUGGACUUUUGGUUCUGUUUACUCCUGGCAGGCAUUAGAAUUUUAUUUUUUCCCCAAAAAGCUCGCAACUCAAUGGUGCUCAUUGACAUGAAACAUUAAAGCUUGUUUUUGUUACUUUUUGUUUAGUAGACUGGUGUAAUAAGAAAAUGAAGCUGCUUUCCUUCAUUGUGAACCUAACACUCACUUCCCUAGUUCUUCGAUUUCUUGACAAUACUUUGGCAUCAGUUGCUUUCUCAAAAUAUUUUCCAAACUGUGCAUGCAGUCAUGAGAAGAACAAAACAGACUGCGAAAUCACACACUAAUAACUGUUACAGAAGCUUAUUCAGCAUGGUACAUUGGUUUUACAGUUUUGCAAAUGCCAUCUACGAAGAUGCAGAACACUAGUGAUCUGUUGACAAAUACAAUAUAACCUAUCUGAGUCUUAAAUUACCAGUACACUGAGUUGUCUGCGUAGCACCUCAAGUGCUACAGCUAACACAAAGUAAAUGAUACCAGUCCUCAUGAAAGCCAUGACUGACAUUGCUUUCUUCAUUCAUUUUUGCAACCACAUUUAGAUCACUUGUAGUUGUGGGAAUGAUUCAGGGUUUCCAUUUGAAAUUAAGCCUGACUAGGUAAGUUUGCUUUCAAAAAUCUUCGUGCUCCUAAACUGUAUUUAACUUGCAAUGACAGUAACGUUCAGCUUAUCAUGAAAAUGUGAGUGUGCUCAACAGGGCUGACCACAUCCGGAUUGGCCAUAUGGGGUCGGGGAGGUUUUCAGUUGAGUCAUGGUGCCUAAGGUUGCAAAAGGAUUGCAAAAGAAUUAAUGUAAUAAUAAAAGCAUGAGAAUAAAGAGGCAUCUGCAAAGGCUGCCCUCUAUAAAUACUAUAAGAUUUGAAAUGCUUCAUUCAACAUGUAAGCCAUAUACAGCAUAAAACGUUAAUUUGGCUCGGUCAAAUUCAGCAUAACUGUACCGAAUAAUAAUGAUGACCUGUAAAUUUUCAAAAUUACAAUCUGCUUCAUAGAAUAGUAUUUAAUCUUUGCUAAGGUGAAAUGACUGUCUACAUAGGAAGCAUUAUUUAAUGAGCCAACUGUAUUCACUAGGUCGCUCACGUUGCUACAGGUUGGCUUGGGAGCUUGCUCAAGGGAAAGCGGAAAAGUAAAUCCACCCCCACACCGUGAUUAGAAAAGCACUUUCAUGUUGAUGCAAUUUUAUUUUCCUAUAAAUAUCAAGUUUUUUGAGAAACUUGUCAAAAUAUUGAAGUAGCAGACUGUUAAGAGUAGGGUAAUGCUGCUGCAUAAUGAGGCGAGAUACACAAUUUUUAACUUCAAAGAGCACACAAGUGUAGUGACAUCUGUGCCUGGUGGUCCAGUAGCGUAAUGCCUGUCAAUAAUAUGAAGAAAGGUGUUUCUGUUUGGGAACUUUGUGUGUCAAUUAUUUGUUAAAAGGGCUCUUGAUUACUAAUGGGAUGCUUUGUGUGUUUGUACAGUAGAUGUGAAACGUGACUUCUCUAUACAUAUGUAUAUCUAGAGCCUUUUGGUACUAAAUAAAUUAAUUUUUAUAAUGAA